AGGCCUGGGGCGGGCGUGUGCAAGACCCGGCUGCACGGUCGGGAGCUCAGGGCUGGGUUGGACCCGGGGUGCUUGCCGCGGGGUAUAGUUUAGGGGUUCUCUGUGGCCAUCUUGGCUUGUGUCAGUGUCCCGUGGAGGGUUCGGGGGUGCUGCCAUGGGGUGGGGGAAGCCGUGGAGGAAAGCGUUGGGCUGCUGAGUGGCACAGCCUGUGGUGGCUGCCUCCCUGGCAUAGCUACUGGCCCCCCGACUGCCCCCACGCUUGUUCCAGAGCCGGUGGGGCUGUGUCUGGGGAUGUGGUGGUGCGAGAUUGCUGCUGAGGGUGUCAGGACAGAGCUGGCGUCCAGCAGUGUCUUCAGGGUCGCCCAGGGAGGCCCCGGCUGGGCACACGAGCGGGGAUGGGCGGGCGGGCAUGGGGUGCAGGGCCGUGCCUCCCGCCUCCAAGUUGGGCCCCUUGGGCCUCACGGGCCGUCCCCUUGCUCUGCAGAGAUGACCGACCCCUUCUGUGUCGGAGGAGGCCGCCGGCUCACAGGGUCCAGCAGGAGUGGGCCUGGGAAGGGCGGCGGCCGGGGCGAGGUCCGACUCGCCGUGCUGCAUGACCCUCCGAAGCUGGCAACGUCUGUGGUCCGCGGCGGGCAAACCAUGCCCGGCCAGGCUCCCCUCUGCUUGGACCCGGGAAGUCCAGCCAGUGACAGGACAGAAGGGAAGAAAAAGGGGCGUCCGCGAGCUGAGACCCAGGCCCUGCGAGACAUUCCCCUCUCCCUGAUGAACCAGUGGAAAGAUGAAUUCAAGGCGCAUUCAAGGGUGAAGUGCCCAAACUCAGGGUGCUGGCUGGAGUUCCCCAGCAUCUACGGGCUCAAGUACCAUUACCAGCGGUGCCAAGGGGGCGCCGUCUCGGAGAGGCGAGCCUUUGCCUGCCCCUUCUGCGAGGCCGCGUUCACCUCCAAGACCCAGCUGGAGAAGCACCAGGUUUGGAACCACGUGGAUCGACCCCUGCCUGCUCCCAAGCCUGGGCCAGUCAGCCGGCCGGUCACCAUCAGUCGGCCUGUGGGGGUCAGCAAGCCCAUCGGAGUGAGCAAGCCGGUCACUAUGGGCAAGCCAGUGGGGGUCAGCAGGCCCAUCGGCAUCAGCAAGCCUGUCUCAGCCAGCAGGCCUGUGCCGGUCACCAAGCCUGUCUCAGUCAGCAGGCCCGUGCCGGUCACCAAGUCAGUGCCGGUCAGCAGGCCCGUGCCGGUCACCAAGGCUUUGCCGGUCACCAGGCCUGUGCCGGUCACCAAGCCCGUGCCAAUGACAAAGCUUGUGACGGUCGCGAAACACGUGCCAGUCAUGAAGCCGGUGACGGUCAGCAGGCCCAUCGUGGUCAGCAAGCCGGUGACGGUCAGCAGGCCCAUCGCCAUCAGCAGACACUCCACGCCUUGCAAAGUGGUGCUGCUGCCCAAACCGGAGCACAAAGGCCCGCGCACGGCCGGGAGGAGCAGCGGUAAGAAAAGGGCUGCCGAUGGCCCAGAUGCUUGCCCCCUCCCGGCCAAGCAGGCCAGGCCGGAGAACGGGGGCUGUGGCCCGCCUAGCACUGCCCACUGCUCUGCCUUGCCGCUGAGCCUGGACCCCGGCAGCGGCCCUCUCUCUCCGGGCAGCAGGCCCGCGGGAGCCAAGGAGGCACCGCGGACCCCAGGCCCCGCGUCCCCACGCGAGGACGGCGCAGAGCGGACGAAGCACAGAAGGAAACAGAAAACACCCAAGAAGUUCACCGGGGAGCAGCCCUCCAUCUCAGGGACCUUUGGACUCAAAGGCCUGGCCAAGGCGGAGGACAAGUCCCGUGCCCACCGUGCCAAGAAGCAGGAGGCUGCGGGCCCUGACGACACGCGGAGGAAGGUGCCGCCGGCCCCGGGUGCUGGUGGCAAGGAGGCGCCAGCCCCUGCGGCUCACCUAGCCCCAGGUGGCCCCGAGGAACAGUGGCAGCGCGCCAUCCACGAGCGGGGCGAGGCCGUGUGCCCCACCUGCGGCGUGGUGACCCGGAAGACCCUAGCAGGGCUCCGGAAGCACAUGGAGGUGUGCCAGAAGCUGCAGGACGCCCUCAAGUGCCAGCACUGCCGGAAGCAGUUCAAGUCCAAGGCCGGCCUCAACUACCACACCAUGGCGGAGCACAGCGCCAAGCCCUCUGACGCCGACGCCUCGGAGGGGAGCGAGCAGGAGGAGCGGGAGCGGCUGCGCAAGGUGCUGAAGCAGAUGGGGCGGCUGCGCUGCCCCCAGGAGGGCUGUGGGGCUGCCUUCUCCAGCCUCAUGGGCUACCAGUACCACCAACGGCGCUGCGGGAAGCCCCCCUGUGAGGCGGACAGCCCCUCCUUCCCCUGUGUCCACUGUGGCAAGACUUACCGCUCCAAGGCCGGCCACGACUAUCAUGUGCGCUCGGAGCACACGGCCCCGCCCCCUGAGGAGGCUGAGGACAUGCCCCCCGAGGCGGAAGCCUCACUGGGCAUCGAGCGGACCCCCAGCGGCCGAGUCCGCCGUACAUCUGCCCAGGUGGCCGUGUUCCACCUGCAGGAGAUCGCGGAGGAUGAGCUGGCCCGAGACUGGACCAAGCGGCGGAUGAAGGACGACCUGGUGCCUGAGACAGCGCGGCUCAACUACACGCGGCCAGGCCUCCCCGCGCUCAACCCCCAGCUGCUGGAGGCGUGGAAGAGCCAGGUCAAGGACAAGGGUCAUGUCAACUGCCCCAACGAGUGCUGCGAAGCCAUCUACUCCAGCGUGUCUGGCCUCAAGGCGCACCUCGCCAGCUGCAGCAAGGGGGACCACCGGGUGGGGAAGUACUGCUGCCUGCUGUGUCCCAAGGAGUUCAGCUCGGAGAGCGGCGUCAAGUACCACAUUCUGAAGACCCACGCGGAGAACUGGUUCCGCACCUCAGCAGACCCGCCCCCCAAACACAGGAGCCGGGACCCUCCGGUGCCCAGGGCCGAGGCUGAGGCGAGGAGUGUGGCAGGUGGGAGGAAGCGGGGCCGCAAGCCCAGGGAGCGGCCCCCCGAGGACCCCCUGCCCACAACAUCCCCCCGCCGGGACGACUGGCCCCCAGGAGGGAGAGACAAGGGGGCGCGGGGCUCCACUGGCCGCAAGACAGGAGCCGGCAAGUCCCCUGAGAAGUGAAGGUGGCCACUGGCAGGUGGGUGGGGCCAAGCCCCCAGGCCGCCGAGCCCAGCUCUGUCCCGGGCAGAGGUAGCCGACCCGGGGUUCCCCGCCUGCAGUCUGCACCCCUCCCCUGCCUGCCUGCCUGUCCAGUGGGGCAGCCCGCCCCGUUUCCCCCAGCGGCAACUGAAGGGCACGCUGGCUGGCCUGAGGGAAGGCCGGGUGGCUGAGCGCCGUGGCCUGGAGGGCCCGCCCUGCCCCAGGCAGCACGCUGGGCAGCGCGGCGGCGGCACUAAAGGGCCAGGGAGAGUCUGUGGCCCGGGCCUUGGCACCAUUGGGGCAGGCAGAGCGGGCGGGUGGCUUUGGACCCUCCCCAGACCCUGUGCCCCACCCCCAUCCCAACCCCUAGCUUGGGGGUCCCCAGGGACCAUGGUUCUUGGUUGAGGAGGCUCCUGAGCAGCCGCGCCUUGCCCUGACACUGGGGCCCAUGCUGCCAGCUACCUCCUGGCACGGCCUGAGUCUGACGCUGCGCGGGGACCCCAGCGCCCCUCCCUGCCCUGCUCUUGCGUCUGUUCUCUACCUCUCCAGGCCUCCCCUCCCCGCUUCUCCCCCCCUCCUGUGUCUAUUGUGGGGGGAGUUUGGACACCCCAGUGAGGCUCCCUGCUGGGGAGCUGGGCUCCGGCUUGCCCACCUGCUGCCUGGCUGCCAGCCCUGGGGAGCACGUGGGUGAGGAGCUGGGAUGGCCAGACCUGGCAGGGCAUGGCCGCUGGGGGACCCCCGAAGCCCCUUCCCCUGCCACUGCUUCUGGUUGUGUCUUGAUAGGGAGAGCUGAAGGCCAGGGAAGGGGCUCCACCGCGUGGCAGCUUUGGGGCCCUGUCUUGGCUCUUUUUGGGGUGCUGAAGGCAGCUCUGUCUGGGCUGAGUGGAGAUGAGGCAGGAGCACAGGCCCCUGGAGGUGGCAGCCAUCGCAGCACCCCAGGGCCCCACCAUGCAAGUGCCGUGGGGAGGGGCUGGCGCUCGGUCCUGGGACUGGACAAAGGCUGUUUUCCGCGGGGGGGUGGGGGGCUGAGGGCGCGGCUGUGCAGGUCCUGGACAUGUGAAUUUUGAUGUCUGCCCAUGGGCACGUCUCCGGGGUGUAGUGGGUGCAGGUCUUGUUGCUGUGACAAGUGACCACCAUUUUUUUUUUAAUUGUUUUUUAUACAAAAACUCACAACUGACAUUUUGGUGCUAAGGGUGUCCUGGUGCCGAAGGGGGGGCUGGGACUGGGCUGGGCUUCUGUCCUGCUCAGGGAGGCAGUGCUCAGCGGCCACCCCUAGCCCCCUCAUGACCCCCUGGAGAUGAGCGGCUGGUACUGGGUCCCCCGCCUCUCCCGGCCCUUGGGAGGGGGUCUUGGGGUGGGAGCUGGUGGAGGCACAGCCUGACCCGAUUCUUCCUCUGGCCACGUGCCACCAUCCUGGGCAGCCCUGGCCUGGGGCGCUGGGAGGGUAUGCAGAGAAGACCCCCUUCCCCCCGGGGCCCUGGGCUGGCGUGGCAGGUGCAGCACGAGGGGAGUCAGUCAAGGGGGCAGCCCCGGCGCGGCGGGGCUGGG